CUAUGGACUAUGACUUUGAUUGCUGCUCGUAUUCGUAAUUUGUCAUUGUCAAACAAAAUUUCUUUUUCAGGUUACGCCUCCGCGCGAGUAACCGGAGUGCGCGGAUUACGUAGAUUUAAUUAAAAUGGGUUUCGUGAAAGUUGUUAAGAAUAAGCAAUACUUUAAAAGGUACCAAGUUAAGUUCAAGAGGCGCCGUGAAGGUAAAACUGAUUACUAUGCCCGCAAACGUCUUAUCAUUCAGGACAAGAACAAGUAUAACACUCCCAAAUACCGUUUGAUUGUGCGUCUAUCAAACAAGGAUGUCACCUGCCAGGUUGCAUACUCCCGUAUUGAAGGAGACCACAUUGUUUGUGCUGCCUACUCCCAUGAAUUACCACGUUAUGGUAUCAAGGUGGGUUUGACCAACUAUGCUGCUGCAUACUGCACAGGUCUCUUGCUGGCCAGGCGCCUGCUGCAAAGGCUAGGAUUAGACACUCUUUACACUGGCGCGACAGAAGUCACUGGUGAUGAAUACAAUGUUGAGCCAGUCGACAAUGGACCAGGUGCUUUCAGGUGUUAUCUGGAUGUUGGUCUAGCCAGAACCACCACUGGUGCCAGAGUGUUCGGAGCCAUGAAGGGUGCCGUUGAUGGUGGCCUUAAUGUUCCCCACUCUCUUAAGAGGUUCCCUGGCUAUGAUGCUGAAGCGAAGAAAUUUAACGCUGAAGUUCAUAGGUCACAUAUUUUCGGUCUCCAUGUUGCUGAAUAUAUGCGUAAUUUAGAACAGGAAGAUGAAGACUCAUUCAAGAGACAGUUUAGCAAGUACAUCAAACUUGGUGUUGCUGCUGAUGCGGUUGAAACAUUAUACAAAAAGGCCCAUGAAGCAAUCCGUGCCGAUCCAUCAUACAAGAAGAAGGAAAGCAAGAAGGACCCAGCCAAGAAGAAACGCUGGAACAAACGCAAGCUGACCUUGGCCGAAAGAAAGAACAGAAUCAAGCAAAAGAAGGAGUCUUACGUCAAGAAACUCCAGGCUCAGGCAGAAGCUUAAAUGGUUUAUUUUAUCAAAAUAUAGCCAUUUAUUCGA